UCGCACGUCCUCCCACACAACAACCAGCAGCACAUAGGACGUUCAAAACAAGACAGACAAAAUGAAGCUAGUUCGAUUCUUGAUGAAGUUGAACAACGAGACGGUGACAAUCGAGCUGAAAAACGGAUGCAUAGUGCACGGAACAAUAACAGGCGUAGACAUGCAAAUGAACACCCACCUCAAAACCGUGAAAAUGACCAUGCGGAACCGUGAUCCCACAACCCUCGACUCCCUCUCUAUUCGAGGAAACACCGUACGGUACUUUGUCCUCCCCGACGCUCUCCCCCUGGACACCCUCCUAGUGGACGACGCGCCCAAGCCUAAAGGGAGGAAGAAGGAGGAUGCGAGGGGCCGUGGGAGGGGUGGACGCGGGGGUCCUGAUCGGGGUGGGAGGGGAAGGGGUGGGGGACGUGGUGGUGGGCGGGGCCGUGGACGAGGCUUUUGAUCAAGGCGCGAUGGGCAUUAGUCAUUUCUGCUCUCCCUCCCUGGGGAUGAGGUUUUCCAUUUAUUGCCGGCUUUCCUUACAUUAGGGCAGUCGUGUUGUUUUCAAAAGAACCAUUGCACACUUACGCGCAGUGAUCCUUCUGCAAUGUAUGGGUCUUGAUCAUGU